UCAGGUGGGAUGGAUUCAUCUUCAUCAACAAAAUUUCUAGAUGUUGAUAUGAAGGUAACUAAUGUAUACUACCAUCGAAAAGAAGUCCUUGUAAAAUUUCAAGGCCAACUUAACACAGAAUAUGAGCUAGAUUAUUAUAUAUUGCAAAAGGAAAUACAACAAGUACCAAAAGUGAAAGAUCCUGUUGCAGUUGGUGAAUUCUGUUUAGUCAAAGACUCAGAGUGUGAAGAAUGGUAUAGAGGAAAAGUAAUUCAAAAAAGAAAUGAUAUCUAUGAUGUACAUUCUAUGGACAAUGGGAAAAUACUGGCAGUGAAUGAAACUCACCUUGCAUCUCCCAUUGAUGAAUUGUUUCAACUUCCUCCAAAAAUGGUUUAUGGGAUUUUUGCAAAUGUGCUUCCAAUUGAAGAAAAAUGGACCAACAAAGCUUUUAAUUACUUUUCAACUCUGAUAGGCUUGCAAAUUAAAGGUUAUAUACAAGCCACUCUGCCAAACCAAAUGUUUCUUCUUCAUGUGCCCAAAAUUGCUGCUGAUGUGAUUGAAUUCAGAAUAGGAAAACUUGUUGAUGCAGAUACUUUCUGUCUUAUUAUUGAAAUGUUAACUGAAUUUCCAGAUGAGCCGCUUUGUAAACAAAUGCCGGAUUUACUGCAACAGAAAUGUACAAGGCCAGGUACUCUAAUUUGUGAUGCUGGAAUUCAACCAAAUAUUCCGCCAGUUCUAAGAAAUCUUCAACCAGUUUUGUCUGUUGGUGCUGUAGAAAAAGUAAAAAUAUCAGUAGCAAUUAGCCCUAGUAAGUUUUAUUGCCAAUUACUUCGACAACAGAUAGAGCUGGAUACAUUGACAAGAGACAUGUUUUCUUAUUAUGAAUCUCUUAGCAGAGUAAAACUUCCAUCUUGUGACAAUUUUGGAGCCCUUUGUGCAGCUAGACAAAAAGACGGCCAAUGGCAAAGAGGAGUAAUACAACAGCUACUUUCUGACAAAGUGAAGAUUUGGUUUAUGGAUUUUGGCAACUGUGAAGCUGUGUCUUCUGAGUAUAUUUUGAAGCUUCCACCAGAAUUUAUUUCAGUACCCAUGUUUUCAUUUCCUUGUGCUCUAUCAUGUCUUAGUGAUCAGGAUGAAAUGGAAAGAAAUGCUCAGCUAGAAGAAUUUAAGGAAAUACUAUUAACACAACAGACUAUUUUGGCCCGCAUAAAUCUGUUCAAUAGUAAAGAGCACAAAUAUUAUGUUACAUUAAGUAAAUGCGCAUUGACACAGACGAGUGACAAUCUGUCUUGGGAAAAUGAUGUGGAUCCAAAAUACAACAUGGAAGUCUCUUGUACAAGUGGGAAUGUACAAAAUUCUAAGGUGAACUUGGCAGACAAAAUUUGCAAUACUACUCAACAAUCAAGUUAUUCUUCAGAUGAAAAGGAUACUCGUUUACUGUGUUCCCCUUUAACAGUUCCUUACAAAAGAGCAAAAAUGAAAAUAGGUUCAGUUUGUGUUGCUUUUGCAGUUUAUGUUUUGAAUCCAUCAAAUUUCUGGGUGCAAACGAAUGAUUUCUUAGAUGAGUUUGAAGCUUUAAUGAAGAAGGUUGCAGAUGUGUAUGAUGGAGAUGAAGUCAGUGUUAAAAUUCUAGAAAAUCCAGAGCCUGGAAGACUAUGUUGUGCACGAUAUAGCAAGGAUAAGUAUUUUUAUAGGGCUGUCAUUAGACAAAUCAUAGACAAUAAUGUUGAUGUUUAUUUUUUAGAUUUUGGGAACACUGACACAGUGCCACUGUUCGAUGUGAAGAUUUUGCUUCCAGAGCUUCAAGAAUUGCCAGCUUUAGCCAUGUGCUGUAAACUUGCUAAUGCAUUUCCAAUGGAAGAUAUAUGGAUUAAAAAAGAAACAGAUUUCUUUAAAACAAUUGUGGUUGACAAACCAAUCACACUGCAUGUCAUUGCAAAGCAAAAGGAGAAUUAUAUUGUCAAUGUGCAGUAUAUGAAUGGCUCCAAGGAAACUGAUGUUCUCAGGCUUAUGAUUGAGGCUGGAUGUGCAGAAUAUUGGGAGGUAAAACAAAAUCCACUUCAGAAAACGGUAUGGGGCCUUCAAGGAAACUGCUCAAAAAAUUAUAAAAAUAGAGAAAUACUAAGUAAAACAUCUAUUCAGAAGAAUAAAGCACUGAUGCCUAAAACUACUGAUGAGAAUAAAAAGCUGAAUACUCGCAUUGUGACAAAAGGGAAUGUUAGUAUUUUCCCGUCAUGGAAAAACAUGCUUUCCAAUAAAUAUGAGCAAAUGUUUGGGAAAACAGAAAAAGUAGAAUGCUAUAAAGAGUACAGAUUUAAACCAGGUUGUGUGUUUGAUGUUGUAUGUUGUCAUAUUAUUUCACCAGGCAGUUUUUUAUGCCAGAUACAAAAUAAGCUACCCGAGCUAAAUAAUAUGAUGGAACAAAUUCAGAAUUUUUACAACACUCAAAAAAGACCUUAUGAAAGUGGAAAACUUGCCUGUGUUGUGAAAUAUUCUACAGAUGGAAAAUGGUACAGAGCUUUUGUACUGAAACAUGUAUCCAAAACUGAAACUGAUGUAAUAUUUGUAGACUAUGGUAACAGGGAAAGGGUUUUGUUGAAAGAUCUUCAAGCUAUUCAUCCAGACUUCUUAAUUUUGGAAUGUCAAGCAUUCAGAUGUUGUUUUAAUAGUGUCAGUGAAUCCUUAAUAUUUGACCCCUAUAUUUGGACUACUGAGAUAUGUAGCAAUUUUAAAAGUUUUGUUUCAUCUUCUAAUGGACAACUGACUUGUUUAAUUUGUGCCCUGGUUUUUAAGACUCCUGACUAUUUAUAUUACAUUGUUGAUUUGAAGACUCCAUUUACUAAUUUAAGACAAUUUCUCUUUGAAAGUGGCCGUGCACAAAUUUACUCUUUUGAAUGUGCGCAAUCUCUUAUAACACCAUUUUCUCUAUGUAGCUUUUAUUAUUCAUCUUUUAAUAUAGAAGUUGGAAAUGAAGAGAAAGUAUAUGUAUCUUAUAUAUAUAGCCCUACAAAAUUCUAUUGCCAGUUAAGUAGAAAUGCAAACAAGAUGGACAAGAUACUUAAAAAGAUUUCAGAAAUUAGCCCCAAAACAAGCCAUGCAAUCCAAAUGAAUACUCACAGUUUAUGCAUAGUGAAAUAUUUUGAGGAUGGACUCUUCUAUAGAGCUUUAGUAUCUCCUGUGGAAUCAUCAGAUUUCUGCCAAGUAUAUUUUGUGGACUAUGGAAAUAAACAAUUGGUAGCCAAAGAGGAACUGGUUCCUAUUCCAAACAGUGCUUCAGAAUUAAUGUUCACACCUAUGCAAGCUAUUAAGUGUUAUUUAUCAGAUCUAAAGGAUAUUGAAAUUCCAUCUGAAAUAAAAGCAUGGUUUGAAAAAAAAUAUUUGGAAAAAGAGUUGAAGGCAGUAAUAGUGUCUAAAGAAUCUGAUGGGCAGUUCGGUAUGGAGUUGUAUGAUGGAGAACUACAAAUAAAUGGAAAGAUUAAAGAUUUACUAAAGCAAAAAAAAAAACUGAACCCAAACGAUAUUAAAAAACAUUUUAAAAAAUAUGCUGGAAAUAAACCUUAUAAAAUAGAGUUGGCUACAGAGAAAAAAAAAGUGAAAAGUGAAAAAAAUGAACAGCAAACAGAAGCAGGCAAUGAUAAAUUACCUGUUAAAUAUAGGAACAAAAUAGUAAUUGAUCAACAGAAGCAGAAUUGUAGACCUGCAAAAUUUCCAUUGACUGUAGAUUUUUCAGAUUUUGUGUUGAAGAAAGUUUUGAGAUACAGAUAUAAAAGUACUCAAAAAAAACCCAAUACUGACACCAUUGAUCAACUUAAUGAACAGUCAAAGAAAAUUAAAAAUAAAAGGACUGGAUUACAUAUGCUAAAAUUAGACACUUCAGGACAAGAAAGAACCAAUAAGACUAAGCAAAAGUACGCUGAUCUUCCCCAACUUGACAUUCUUCUAAAUUCUAAAGUCUGGGGUUAUGUUUCUUACGUAGGUAAUAUUUCAAAUUUCUAUGUUCAUCGUUCAGAGGAUGAAAAUAAAAUUGUGCAACUUGCUGGGGAAUUGAAUAGAGAAACACUGGUUAAAGAAUCAGAAAUAGAGGCUGAACUUGAGAAAGAUGAUGUUGUUUUAGCAGACUAUGAAGGUGAUAGUUGCAUAUACAGGGCUUUAAUUAGAAAAGUCCUAGCCAAUAAGUUUUUUGAAGUAGAAUUCAUUGAUUAUGGUAAUGUAGAAACCGUGAAUUCAAAAAAUAUCUACAAAAUUAAAAAGUCUUUAUUCAGUUUACCAAGACUCAGCAUACAUUGCUUCCUUAGUAAAGCAAAGUGCUUGUUUUCAAAUAAAAACUGGAGUACUGAUAUGGAUGCUUACUUUAUCAAUGCGGUAAAUAAUCAGCCAGUCAUUAUUAAGUUUCUACAACAGUAUGACCAACAGUGGGAGGUUGACAUAAUCUGUCAUGGAAUAUCUAUCUCUGAUAAAUUAAUGGAGAGAGAAAUCCUUUUAGGCCUAGAGAACAUACUUUCACUAAAUUUUGACCACAACAUGAAACAGCUCCCAACAAUAGAUUCAGAAACUGUUAGUAAUGAUCCAGGUAAAAAAUCAGAAAGUCAAACUUUAUGUGGAAGCAGUAUAAUCAGACCUACUAAGAUUGGCUACCAAAAUAUAAAGCCUGGACAGAUAGAAAUAGCUGAAAUUGGUCAUAUUUCAGGUAAUGGAAACUUCUAUGUGAAGUUAACUAAGGAUGCACAAACAAUGCUCAAUUUAAAUGUACUAGUUGCUCAAGAGAUAGAGAAAAAGUGCUUUAUUGCUACAGAAGAAAUUGGAGAAGGAUUAGAAUGUUUGGUAAGAUCAAACCAACACUUGGGAUGGUAUCGAUCUGAAGUUAUUAAAAAAUAUGUGAAGGAGGAAUGUAUGUUGGUCCUCUUAGUGGAUUUAGGAAAGUAUGAAAUGGUGUCACUGCAUGAUACACAUGUGCUGAAUGAAAAAAUAAGGUGUAUUCCCAGGAAUGCAGUGCUUUGUAAAUGGAUUCAGAUUGGAAAUUUAAGUGAUUUGUCUUUUGAGGGAAUGAUGGAGAAGGUAAAAUAUUGCGAGAUAAAGAUUAUAUUUUUUAAAUACUUAGAAUCUGAGCUUAUUUGGGAAGUAGAUAUUUUAAUAGAUGGAAUUUUAUUUUUGGAAUAUUGGAAUCAAAUAUCUAACCAAACAAAAUUAGGGAGACAUAACUUAUUAGAGACAGAUAAUGUUAGCAAAUCACUUGAUAUCUCAAUCAGGUCAAAUUCGAUUUCAUGGGCACAAUUUCAGAAGAAUAAUCACUAUCCUGGAUUUGUCACAUCAGUCACUGAUCCUUCAAACUUCUAUAUUCAGUUAGAAGAUUCAUUUAAAACUCUGAUAGCCUUGUUCAAAAUGCUCUCUAAUCUUCCAGAAAACCUCCCAACUAUGCCACAAGAAUGUAUAAUUCCUGGUGCCAGCUGCUUAAUAAAAAAUGGACCUAAUGAAAACUGGAACAGAGUUGAAGUUUCUGAAGUACUCAAAGACUCCAGUACGUUAAUGCUUACUUUUAUUGAUGAGGGCUUAUCGGCUCCCCUUCCCAUCUCUGACGUCUCUAAGCUGAAGAUUAUCUCAGAAAAUCUAGUUACUUUACCACGAUUAACCUAUCCUUGUUCCUUGUUUGGAGUGAUACCUGCUGAUGGGAAAUAUUGGAAUGAUGAGGCCAAACUUACAAUUCAAGAACUUCUUGGUAGACAAGGUCUCACAUUCCAGUUCAAACAGCCUCAUUGUGGACUGAAGCUAGAAGUAGAUGUUUUUUUUGAGCAAAACAAUGCAGCAGAUGUAUUGGUUGCUUCUGGAUGCGCUUUGUAUUCCAAAACUGCAUCCAUUGGAUCAGCUAGUUGUGAUGACCUUCAGCUACCAAAUUCACGUAUUAUUUAUGAUCCACUCUCCAUUCAGAAGAUCUCUGAACCGCAGAUUGCCAUAAAUAAAAACAAGAAAGGUCCACAGAAUUCAGAUUUGCAAUUGAAGUGUGUUAAUUUGAAAAAAUUAGAGAUGAACAGCUCAAAGAAAUUACAUGGUAAAAAAGAAGACUCUCAGAUGACUUUCUUGCAUAGAAGUAAAAUAAAUUAUGGAAGUGUACACAACUGCAAUGAGAAAUUGUUUAAUCAAUGUUGUGACAGAGAUCAACUCAACCAAACGUAUUCUACAACCAUAUCAAAGGCUUCUGACAAGUUGCUUUUGGACUCCCAAGAAUGUUCAGAUCCAGAUUCAUUAAGAAAAUUGAACACGUACUCACAAGAAAGAUUAAAGUCAGAGUAGAUGGAUUAUCACAGUUGAGAACUAGUAAUGGACAACAGAUCGACCUUCAUUUGAAAAGUAAUACAGGAACAGUAUGCCGAACAUAUUCUAUUUAUAAACUUAUCAUUUAUAGAAAUCCAGACCAGAGGUCCAUUACUAUUAAAAAGUGUAAAGGAUCCAUUAGUAUUCUGGUUUGGUUCCCUUCCUCCCCUGCCAUAUACAUAUAUUUUAUGCCUUUGAAAAGUCUCUCCUGAAGAUUGUAUUGGGAUGAUGACAGCAUGGAAAAAAGAAAUACUUUGGAAUAAGAUUUUCAGCAAAACUAAUCUGUUAUCUCACUGGAUAAAGCCCAUCUUGCAAUUGGUACUAGAUUUUUAUUAUGAUACUAAACUUUGUGCUUAUUUCAGAAGUCAUUAGGAACUAUCAAGUUUUUUUUAGUGAAAUGUAAUACACUGUAACCCAAGAGAUGGUGUACUUUGGCCUUUGUAGAUAUUGAAAAAAAAAUGCAGAAAUGUGAAAAUCAAGAACACUUGUUCUAUAUGUUGCUGAGUCUUGUGGUACAUGGGAGGCAUACAGUUGUAUAGAUUGUGUAACUGCCAAAUGUUGUUGAUUUGUUUUUACCAGCCAAAAACUUGAAUUUAAACAAAUAUAAUAAGAAAAUAAUCUCUUUACUUAUUCUGACCAUUUCAAUGUAAGUACAUUUCAGUAAAAUAUAGAUUUAGCUAUGGACUCCAAUACAUCCUGGCCAUUCCAGUUUUCUUCUACAAUGCUCUGUUUACUACCACAAAAAGGCUCCAUCUAAACUGCAGAAUAUAUUAAGAUAGAUAUAAGUCACAGAUAUUUUAUUAACUAUAGGGAAGCUUAAUGCCGUGUUGAUUGCUACCAAUUCUUGUUGGCAAGUACUAUAAUUUCAUAGUUUAAAUCCAUUUUCUUUUGUUACACUUAGUGACUUGUGCAUUCUCUCAUGGGAGAGAGAAUGAGUGACAGGUAUACAGAAAUCAUGUUUUAAAAUCCCGUUAAAUCUUAUCUGUGCACUAGGAUGCUUGGAAGUUGUAUAUAUUUUUACUGCAGGUUGUACUGCAUUGAGCUUCAUCAGUGAGGAUUUUUCAAUAUUGUUUAGAGGGAAGACCUACAGUAUAUUGGAAGAACACUUUCCUGACAGCUUGAAACUUUGUUAGUUUUUUUGUUUAAUCCUAUACAUUUUAACAGUUCUAAUAACUACAUUUUGAAACACAUAAGUUGAUUUAACUGAAUUAGCACAUUUGAGUAAGACAUGAUUAACUUAAAUGUCGUAAAAAUGCUACCAAAAGAAAACUAAGCUUCCAGUUGGCCCCAGGGCUUGUUGGAAGUAACAGUGAAAUAUUUAUUCUUGUAACAGACAAGAACAGCAGGAAUUAUAAUUUUUUAUAUCUAUACGAAACCAAAUGGGAUGCUUGUGUAAAAUUCAAAUUAGUUUCAAAAAGGCUUUAGUGUCAUAUGUAUAACUACUGAUGAGUAUUGGUGAGAAAAUACAUCUUGUGGUUAUAUGGUGUAAAUAUGCGUUUUCUUGCUGAGCGCUCUGAAAAAAAAAGAGAUGUGUUUGGAUAUUUCAUGAUGUUCAUAAAGUGCAGUGUA